CCCUGCGCGAGAGGCAGGGCGGGUUGUGACGGCCGGCCGGAGCACCGCCCAUUCCUCCCGCCUCAUAUAAGGCUUCCCUCCGCAACAGCGCCAGUCAGGUGCAUCGCAGCGAAGAAGCGGAGAAGCAGAAGCACCAGUAGAGCCUUCCUCUGCUUCUUUGGCUCUUGUGUCCCUGAGGCGCCUUGUUGCGACGUCCCUCCUUGCGAAGGAGGAAGGCGCGGCGUCGGCGGCGAUGUACCCGCCGGGCUCGUCGUGGAACAUCUCCUUCGCGGGCUGCGGCUUCCUGGGGGUCUACCACAUCGGGGUGGCCAGCUGCCUCCAGGAGCACGCGCCCUUCCUGGUGGCCAACGCCCGCACCGUCUACGGCGCCUCCGCCGGCGCCCUCACCGCCACCGCCCUCGUCACCGGAGCCUGCCUCGGUGAGGCUGGUGCAAAUAUCAUUCAUGUAUCCAAGGAAGCUCGGAAGAGAUUUCUUGGCCCAUUGCACCCAUCCUUCAACUUGGUGAAAAUCAUCCGUUCUUGCCUAUACAAGACUCUACCAGACAAUGGGCAUGAGUUGGCCAGUGGACGCUUGGGCAUCUCACUAACACGGGUCUCAGAUGGAGAGAAUGUCAUAUUAUCAGAGUUCACUUCCAAAGAAGAGCUUAUCCAGGCAUGUGUCUGCAGCACUUUCAUCCCGGUAUACUGUGGUCUGAUCCCUCCAAGUCUACAAGGAGUGAGGUAUGUUGAUGGAGGGAUUUCAGACAACCUGCCACAGUAUGAACUGAAGAACACCAUCACAGUAUCUCCCUUCUCAGGCGAGAGUGAUAUCUGUCCAAGGGACAGUUCUACCAAUAUCCAUGAGCUCAGGGUGACUAAUACCAGCAUUCAGUUCAAUCUGCGAAACCUCUACCGCCUCUCCAAGGCCCUGUUUCCACCAGAGCCUCAGGUUCUGCAGGACAUGUGUAAGCAGGGCUACAAGGAUGCUUUGCACUUCCUGAGGAAAAAUGGUCUUCUACAGCAUCAAAGGCCUGCUCGCCCUUUGCUGGCCAUUGGAAAUGGUGCUGGUGACAGAAACCCUGAAGAGGAAGCUGAAGAAGAGGAGGAACAGCUGGGAGAGAACCCAGCGCUGGUGGAGGCUGAAGAGCACAUCCUGGAACACUUGCCUCCUAAACUAAACCAAGCACUUUUGGAAGCCUGUGCAGAGAGGAGAGGACUCUUCACUGGCAUUACCAACCUGCUACCUAUACGCCUGGCAUCUACCUUGAUGCUCCCAUAUACACUUCCUCUAGAGUCUGCUGUCUCAUUCACAGUCAGAUUGCUUGAAUGGCUGCCAGAUGUUCCAGAGGAUAUUAGGUGGAUGAAAGAACAGACCAGGAAAGUCUGUCACUAUCUUAUGAGAAAAGCAAAGAACAAACUGGGAAGUCAUCUCUCAGCCAGGCUGUACUACCAUCUUGAACUCAGAAAGACCCAAAGCUUGCCUCUUCCCCUGAGCGUCAGCUAUGGGGAGGCACUGCCGAAGUGGCUGCAGAGCAACCUCUCUCUGACUGAUGUUAUGACCAAAUGGGAAGAGUACCAGCGCCAGCUGAUGCUGGGGCUGUUCUGUAUCAACGUGGACCUGCAGGCUUCGAUCUUCCCCUCAGAGGGUCUGCGGAUGAGACACCCAUCGUCAGACUGCACACAAGAGAGCCUCCAACUCUUCUGAGACUCACCACUGUUUGAGCAGAGGGGAAGGAAAAAGAGAGUGGGCAGUGACCACAUCUUAACAGCCUCCUAAUGGAACUCUUCAUAUCCACUAAGGGAUUCCCCCCCCCCCUCCUGUUCAAGAAAGAAAAUUGGUCUAAAAAUAUCCCAUCAUGCCACUGUUGAGUGGGAGACUGAUACAGUGUGUUGCGUACACUCUUGCAAACAAUGGUGGAUAAAAUACUUGGCAACUGCAGCACACAUGGUUGGUCUCAUAGCUGAACUGGGAAGAACAUAACCUGGAACAUGCCUUGGGAGGUGUCAUCCUGAACUUCUUAUUAGUAAUGUGAAGACUGGGACACAAUCAGUGCUCUGGCAUUUCUUUCUUUCUUUUAUUUUUUGAAACCCCUCUCUUUUAAAAAUUGUAAUUUUUUUCUGUUUUUUGAAAAAUGUUAGUGCCCUGAGAUCUUCUAUUUCUGCACUGUGGAACAGUAGAAAAGGUCAGGCAGUCUGGAAGGAGCAGGUCUUUUGUUGAAGGCAAUCUGUAGUUUUCUUGGUUCUCAACAGAAAUAUCUUGUAAUUCCUGCCUCCUGUUUUCAUGCAAAUCCACUGUGGAUAUUGGAAGUGCAGAACGGUUAGCCCAAUCUCUUAUCGAUUAGUGUUCCUUAUUUUUCUCAGGCUAGUCCCCUUCUAUGGGAUAUUUUAUUCAGGGGAGAAGAGAAUGCUUAGAAGCUCCUAAAUGUGGUUGCUAAAACUGUGUUUGAACUUUAUUUUUAGAUAACCUAUUUUUUUCUUUGUUUUAAAUGCCCCCUGCUAUCCCCUCCCCAUUUUUAUUUGUCUUAAUUCUUUUAUGAUCACAAAAAGAAUGCAAAGAAGGAUGAAAGGGGAACAUGGGAGCUAAGUAUAAUGCAUGUUUCAAAAUGGUUUGUGACAAGUAUGAUUAACUGGAGCUGACCAUAGAAGGAGAAGGAGCGGGGAGGGAGUUGGGUUGCACCUGCAAAUGGACAUGAAGCUAAUAAAGCCUAUAUACCAACAUCUAGAGUGGUGCAAAUGAAGGUAACAUUUCCUAUGAAAUUCAUACCCCACUUGUGCCAGUUGUAGGAGAUGCUGACAGUUCCAGCAAGAUGGUGGCUAUUAAGUCAGUUGUGGUAAUGUAGGAAUAAGGAUCUAAAGUCAGAGGUCCUGAUGGAGAUGGCAGGACUGUAUGAACAGUAGGAACAGAAAUGAAAAACCAAAUUGAUGGUACAUCCUUCUUUGCAUCCUUAAUGUGUUGAACCAGCAAACCCUUUCUUCCUUUAUGGUCAGAUAAUGAAACAUAGGAAUGCAUUUCUACAGGUUAACUUCAUUGAUUCAGAGCACCUCCAUCCCUCACUACUCCUGUCCAUAUUUUCAUGCUCCAACCUCUAUAUGCUGAAAUUGCCCAUCAAAGGGAUAAAACACUCCAGGUAAUGGAGCAGGUUCCACCACUUUCCUAAGCCCAUGAUCAAAUGUUUUGUAUCUACCACUUAUUUUCACCAGCACUGACCUCCUUUGUAUUGUUUUCACUGCCGUUGCCUUGUUCUUACUACUGUGUAGUAUGGCAACUCUGUCAUGUGAUUGGAAAAGGGCAGGGUUCCAUUUCAUAUAGCAAUACUGUUUUUAUCUGACACGUUUUUCUCUAUUGGGAUCCAAUGGGAUCUUCCUUGUUGUGAUUGUUUACUGUAAUAGCACACAUGUUUUAUGUUAAAGGAACAAAAGGGAGAGUGGCUACAUUUGUAUAGAGAAAAAGCUUAUUUUCCUUUUUACUCUAACCAGAUGGCCAUUUUUGUUCUUGUAAUAUUGCAAUCUGAUGAAUGUCAAAGACAGCAUAGCAGUUGGGUGCUGCGGAGAUGGCUUAGAAACUGUGAAUAAAUCAGUGUUAAUAGCAAUGGAGCUUCAGGUGCCAAUAGAGAACAGGUGGGUGGAUGUUGUUUGGAACACAUGCAUGUACAAGGGGUAACUAGUCGAUUUUUGUAGUGCCAAAGCAGAUGAGAGGUAGCUUAUUGCACAAAUGAGCUACACACUCUCUGUAAACAAAGGCCCACACCUGCCUGGUUUUUUUAAUGGUGCUGUGUAAGACAGAGAAAAAAAAUCAAUUAAAAGUGGCUUAAGCUUAAAAUAAUUCUAACUAGUCAUGACGUCAUCUAGUAGCUAAGCAACUAGGAUGUUAAUGAUCUUUCAGGAAAUACCUUAUAAUCUACUGAAUGUCUAGAAUUAUUGAGAUGAUAACAAGUUUUGAGUUUCUUUUUAUUUUUGAAACAGCAAGUACUAUAAAAAUUAAUCCAAUAUGGAAAGUAAUCUUUUAGUUCUUGAUUGACUGUUUGUAUAGUGCAUAUGACUGCUUUGGUUUAUGAACCAACUUUAUUCAUUUUUCCAACAUAAUUUGGAAAAGUAGAGUUCUUAAACAUGAAGGCUUUGCGAGAAGAGAAACUGGGAGCGGUGAAGGGUUUGAUACUCUGGGCCAUUGAGUAGCCACUCCUCUACACUUUAUGUAAACACUUUGGGUGACAAGGAGUUCACUGUUCUCUCUGCAAACAUUUGCUUUAUUCUGAAUGCAUCUACCAAACUACAGAACAGUCACAACGCUCUCCCCAGAAUCGAAAACUUUGUCUUUCCACUGAUGUUAGAUCCAUCAGAAUGCAACUAGGGAAAUACUUGUUAGGCUGUGUGCUGCCUUUUCUUAAUCUUUUAUGAUUGAUGAACAAUCAAAUAAUACUAGCAACAAAACAGCGGUCCUUAGCAUUUUAACUGAAAUGUGAUCUGAUUCAUGGAGUUCCAGACUCAAAUGUUUUCUUUGGAGGGGAAAAAUAUUGUGGAAUUCCUUAUUGAGAUGUCACAUAUAAAAUCUCAAAUAAGAUCUACUGCAUAAAAACUAAUGGUGUGUGUGUGUGUAUGUGUGUAGAUGAGGAACUACCUGAAGUAUUUAACCUUUUCCUUUGUGUUCCCCCACUUUUAAUCCAUAAAAUCAUAACAAGCAUCUUAAAGGUGAAAGGCUCUGAUUAGAUUCAUAAAAUUGAAAUAAGAAGAUGCAAAGGUGAAAUCCACUUAGAUAUAAAAUUUUGUCUCUACUUGCAUGAAGGAUAGUAAUAGCAAGAGAUUUUUCUCAUAUUUCAGUGAACUAUUGAUUAACCUGCUAUAGGUAGCUUUAUGGGAAGGGUAGUCAUAUUUCCAAUAUCUGGCAAAAUGGCUUUCUUUUAUCUUCUCAAUCAUGGGAAAGCACCUUUGUGUUUGUUUGUUGUCUGCUGCUUAUAGCAAUAAAGACUAGUUGUUGCCUCUGAGAAGACACUGAGCUUGUGUUUGAAUGAGCCAACUAUAACCAACUAAUAAGUUAUUCAGCACUCUAUUUUAUGUUUAAAAUGUUGUUGUACAACUAUUUAGGUAUUUUAGUAUGCUACUGCUUAAAGCACAGUGACUAUAUCGAUGGGCUCGUGUUUGCUGCUAAUAUAAUUUAGAGGCUUCUUCUGUAGCAGUUCAUCAAGCCAGCUGCAAAAAUAAUCAGGAUUAUAGUUUUAAGUAAUUUCAGUUCUAACAGUGAUCAAAAGCUGUCACUGGAAAUGAGCUAAAAGAAAUGGUGGCUGUGUAUAGCAACAAAGUGCCAGCUGGAAAGAAUAUUUAGUGUGCCAGAUAUGACAUUUUUUUAAUAUGGAGUGGCCUGUGUGUGAGCCUUGGGAGGCGGGCUUUUGUAAUUUGGCACAUCGUUUUACUAUAGUUUGCUCGCUCUAAAGAAUGGCAUCUAAUUAUACCAGAAACUGGAUGAUUUGCACACAUUGGCUAUUGCAAGAGCAUGCUCGCGUUUCCCCAGUGCCUUUUUAAAAAUGCCAAGCAUUCUAGCACUUUUCAUGGCACCCAUUCCUCUUCCGUUGUCUCUGCAUUUGGCUUCUUUUAAUUCAGUAGCAGCUGCUGGGUUACCAACACUACUGCAGAAGGAAUAGUUACUGGCAGUUGUGAUUGGUGUCCUCUCUAUUCCAUAGAUGCAUAUUGGCCUGUCUUACAAACUAUGGGAAACCCAGCAUGCCAAAUAGAAAAUAAGAUUUAACCUUAUUUUUUAAAAGCCUAUUUUUUAUUUUGCAUUUAUUUUAUUUGGGACAGGAGAACUCUGUGCUAAAACGGGGUGAGCUGGGGGAAGUGUCCCCACAGUGCUGUGGCACUUUUGUGCACUUUGAUGGACAUCCAGAGGUGGAUCAGUUUUAGCACUUGUGAGUGAAUAAUGCUGGCCCUUUUUCCGAAGUCAAGGCAGUGGGGAAAUUAGGAAAGGAAAUGAGCAGUAGAUUGUAUUUACCUGGCAACUAUUAAAAGGUAACAUUUUAAUAGUUAUCCUUUGAAGAUUUUGUUAAUUUUUGUUAAGCUUUGCUUCCCCUUACCCCAUUCUGCCCCCUCCAGUGUUUUAUUGCAAGUGUGUAAAGUAUUUAUUUUGAUAGAAUAUACCUCCCUAAUAAAAAAACUUUCUAAACAUA